UGAUGUGGGCAUUUCAUGCAUCCAUGUUUUACUUGUUUUUGCGCAGGAAAACCUUCCAGAUCUCAAUUACUACAAUGCACUUCACUCACCUAAGAACUCUUUCUGCUUCUCCAGGCAGCACUUUUGGAGUGCUUCUUGUGUUCACUCUCCUGCCUCUCCCCCUUCUCCAAAGUCCAAAGGGAACUGGGGACUCGCAACAGAUCAGAUAUGUAUUUGUUGAAACUAAAUGGGCACUUCUCAUCGCCGUACCGACUUUACUCAGCAGCCUCUGGAUUCAGAGAUCAAUCGAUACAACAUCCUUUACUGCCGCAGCAAAAUGAGAGAAAAUACCAUGGUUUUCAUGCUAAAUUGCAUUUAAAUUGCGUGCCUUCAAGCGAUGCCUGGAGAGUUUUUGCCCACCACAGUUCAAUAAACGGUUUUCGUCAGAGUUUCUCCGGCAAUCUACGGCCUGAAAUCGCGUCCAUUAGAUCAGGCAAAUCCGGAUGUGAACCGGAAGACGCCUCAUUUCAUAAGAAAGGUCCUUCUAAUUAUCCGGAGAAUCAUCUCCUUAAUCUUAUUGAGAAGUUAAAGGAUGUUCAAUUGCGGUUACUAGCAUCGGAACAGUGGAAUGCUUCUCAGCUGAAGUUAUGUCACAGGGUAUACUUGGCGAGUGCCAAAAAAUUGACUCAUUAUUUGGCAUUACUGUGCCUUGAUGAUGAAAAACUUAAAGAAGAACUCUCUUCUAUGGGCCUUCCAAAUACCGAAAGCUUCAAUUCUUCUAUUCUUGCUCAUAUUAAUCUUAGCAUUCCCCUGUUAGAGAAUAUGUUAUCUGAGAAUAACAGCGGCGAAAAGAACACUCUGGAUUUUGAUGUCGACUCUGUUACCUCCAUGAGCACAUCAAUUUCUUCUCAUGAAGUGGCACUACUUGGUCCGCCGCAGGAGGAAAAGAAAUGUCACAUUAUGGUAACUGUUGGGAGAGAAGCUCUAUCCAAUGAAGCACUUGUCACGGAUCUUCUCAAGGCAGGAGCAGACAUUAUACGAAUAAAUUGUGCGCACGAUGACCCGACAGUUUGGAAAGAGAUUAUUACAAUGACGAAAAACAGCUCUCAGAUGCUCAAGGAACCAUGUCGCAUUCUCAUGGAUCUAGCCGGCCCGAAGCUUAGGACCGGCCGCGUGACGAAGGAAGCAAGCAUAAUGAAAAUAACUCCGAAGUUGAAUGAUUAUGGAGAGAUGAUAUCCCCCUCGCUUAUUUGGAUAUGUUAUUCCGCAAGUACUCCUCUUCCUCCUCAUCUAUCAAUGGAUGCGAUUCUUUGUGUUGAGAGAGAACUAUUUAAGGAUAUCGAGGUAGGUGAUACACUAACUCUUAUUGAUGCUAGAGGAAAUAAGAGAUCAAUCAAAGUUCGUAUGAUGGAACAUGUAAAUACAGCGAACUGUGGUUUCGUAGGAGAAUGUUCGAGGACUGCUUUUGUUAAAUUAGGCACAAAACUCUAUUUGAAGAAGAAGAAUAGGAAAACUUCAGUUGGAAGAGUAGUGAAAAUGCCGACUAGCGAGCCAUUUAUUAUGCUUAAUACUGGAGAUCUGCUUACUGUAUUUAGAAAGUCUUGCUUGCCUACGGAGGGAUUGGCUACUGUAAAAUUUGAUUCAGCAUGGAUUACUUGUUCCUCUGAUCAUAUAUUCAAUGCGGUUAAAGUUGGCGAGCCAAUCGCAUUCGACGAUGGUAAAAUUUGGGGUAAAGUACAAGAAAAGAAUGCCAAUGAGAUCACCGUCUCAAUUACUCGUGCCAAUCCACUUGGUUCAAGACUUGGGUCGGGUAAAUCGAUUAACAUUCCAGAAAGUGAAGUUCAGUUCAAAGGGCUAACCGAAAAGGAUUUUACAGAUCUUGAUUUCGUUGCAACUCAUGCCGACAUGGUGGGAUUGUCGUUUCUUCGAGAUGUCAACGAUUUGAUCACUGUUCAACAUGAACUAGAAAGAAGAAAGCUUUUGAGACUCGGUGUCGUACUGAAGAUAGAAACUAGAGAAGCCUUCGAGAAUCUGCCUCACUUACUAUUUCAGGCUAUGCGAUUUUCCAAUCCGCUGGGGGUUAUGAUUGCUAGAGGUGAUCUCAUGGUGGAGUGUGGGUGGAGUGAGAUGGCGAACAUACAGGAAGAUAUAAUGGAGCUAUGUAGAGCUGCUAAUAUUCCAGUUAUAUGGGCAACUCAGGUAUUGGAAUCGCUUAUAAAAUUUGGCUUUCCUACAAGAGCUGAGAUCACGGAUAUGGCCAGCGGCAUAAGAUCUAGCUGUGUAAUGUUGAACAAAGGGGAGCACAUCGUAGAGGCCGUUUCGGCGUUGAAUUCCAUCUUAUCCAACUGUUCCACGAAGAAGACCAAGAAAAUGCUCCUGAAACUGCCACAGCUCAAAAGUGGGCCUACUCAGUAAAUUCCUCAUGUUAUCUUUACUGUAAAAAUUUGAUUGUAUGAUGUAUUAGAAUUUCUCGCAACGGACAGGUAGGCGGGGGAUUUAAAAUGCAACAUGUUAAUGGUGUAGCUGUAGCUAUGAACUUCAGAUAGCUUAGUGCAAUAUAAUCACAACUUUUUUUUAUCAGAA